AUGGACCAAUUUAAAUUCCUCAUACUCUCGAUAGAAGACGGUGUUGGCAUUAUCCAACUGAACCACCCGGAGAAAAGAAAUGCCCUUGGCUGGGAACUCCAUGACGAGAUCAUCCGCGCUCUCGCGCUUUGGGUCGAAGACGACAAGGUCGCCGCUGUUCUUUUCGUGGGAAAUGAAGAGUACUUCUGCUCUGGAUGGGCUCUCGACAUCCUCAAAGGAACCGACAAAGGGGGGAACGAGCGAACCAAGUUCGUCGAUCUGGCUUAUAAGCUGAUGAUCACCAUCUACGACUAUCGGAAGCCCACCGUUGCUGCAGUGGCUGGUACCGCCCCAGGCUAUGGCAUGGACCUUGCCAAUAUGUGCGACGUGACAGUGGCCUCGGAGAACGCUCGGUUCGGCUCUACACAAGUCAAGUACGCCAUGAACGGCUUUUAUUUUGGCAUGGUGCGAAAGAUUGGCCCGCAGAAGGCUCGACGCAUGCUAUUUACAGGCGACCCAAUCUCCGCACAGGAGGCUUAUCGCGUUGGCUUGGUCGACGAAUUGGCACCUGUUGGAAAGGUCCGCGACACUGCGCUUCGACUCGCUAAACACAUUGCUGAAGCCGGACCGGAGAUGACGACCGUGCUUAAGGAGGUGGCGCUGAGGGCUAAUAACAUGGACCACGUCGGAGCUACUGCCUACGAGCUUCGGGUGACUGCUGAUCUCGUCCAGCGAAGCCAAUUCACCAGGAUGAUUCAUGAGGGAGUUGAGAGAAUGAAGAAUAAGAAGAGUCGAGCCACUGAAAGGCUGAAGCUAUGA